AUGCCAGGGGCAUCCCCAGGACUCACCAUCCCAGUGGACGUCCCCCCCUUCCACUUCCAGCCCCGCCGGGUCAGCGUGGACUGGCGUCACUUAAGUGCCAUCGAUGUGGACCGGGUGGCCCGGGAGGUGGACGUGGCUGCGCUCCAGGAGCACAUCGCCGGUGUCACCUUCUGCAACCUGGAUGGGGAGCAGUGCCCCCACUGCAGGCAGCCGGCAGACCCCGUCCUGCUGAAGGUGCUUAGGAUGGCCCAGCUGAGCAUCGAGUACCUGCUGCACUGCCAGGAGUGCCUGGGGACCAGCCUGGCCAUGCACGCCCAGUGCCUGCAAGUUGCCCAUGCCAAGCUGGCUUGCACUCAGCAGCAGGCUGCAGAACAGGCGACCCAGCUCCGGGGCGCAAAGGAGGAAAGCAGGAGGUGGAAGAAGCUGAUUGCCAUGCAGCAGCUCCUCCUGCAAGCUGGCCCCAACACCUGCUGCAAGUGCCACCUCUGCGAUAAAGCCUUCAUGAAGGACACCUUCUUGCAAGCCCACGUGCAGCGCCGGCACGCGGAGGCCACUGAGGCGGAGAGGCAGAAGAUGAAGCAGGUGGAGCAAAUGGAGGCAGAGGUGGAGGAGCUGAAGGCGAAACUGCAGGAGACACAGCAGCAGCUGAAAGCGGAGAGGGAAGCGGAGAAGCUGCACAGGGAGCAGGAAAUGGAGAGAGCUCGCCAGCGAGAAGAGGAGGGUAGGAGAGAUUUGGAAAGGUGGAAAGAGGAGGAGAGGAUGAAGCUGCAUGAAAAGAUAGAUGGCCUGAGGCAGCUCUUCCUUGCAGCGUUCAAGGAUGUGUCCAGCAGGACCAUUGCCAUGGAGGGGAUACUGCAGGAGCUUCAGGCCAGAAAGGCGAUGAUGUCCAACCUGGGCACCCUGCGGGACGAUGACACCAAGGAGGCACAGUGGCAGGCACCAAGCCGGGCAGAGCUGUGGGGUGAGCGGGAGAGGAUGGCAGUGCAGAGGGCAGAGCAGAGGCAGGUGCUGAAGGACCUGUGGAGGGAGAACUGGGCACAGGAGGUCCAGUUGAAGAAAGACAACAAGACACUCCGUACCACCCCAUCCCAGGACCAGGGGGCAGUUAUGGACCGUGCCCCUCAGCAGAUGGAUGCCCUCAGCACCCGUCUUGGGGAGCAGCCCAAGGUCACAAACUGCCAGGAGAAGGCGGCAAGCUCUUUCUUCCCUGCAGUGACCCGGGAGGUGACCAAAGUGGUGGCUGAUGAAGAGUCAUCAGACAGGGAGGAGGCUGCCCUGGGCGGGAAGCAGAGGCUGCUGGAAGCCCUGCGGAGAAACCCAAACCUCCUGAAGCAGUUUCGCCCCAUCCUGGAGGAAGUGCUGGAGAAAAAGCUGGAGAGCAUGGGGGUCAAGAGGGUUGUGAAGGGAAUCUCCACUCAGACCUACAAAAGCCUCGAGGCUCUGGUCAGGCUUCAGCAGCAACAGAAGGCUGAGAAAUUUCCUGGUCUCCUCCACCUGAGGGACGAGUUGGUCCGAGCAGUGAUGGGGAAAGUCAGGCGAUGCAAGAAGCUCAGCAGUGCUUUGCCUCGACAGCUCUCUGUCAUCCCAGCUCAAAGCCGGAAGACCCCCAGGUCCCUUUGUGGGUCACAGCCCAUGGCGAUACCAGCUACAGCAGAGCCUGAAGCCUUGGUGAUCCCCCAGCCUGCUCCUUGGAGCAGAGCGUGCUCCACCCACAGCACCCCGAGGACUCUCUGGGGCACCCUGCGGACCUCCAAAGCCGGCAGCCCCCACCAAGGACUUGUCCCAUGGCGGAGCUCAGAAGUGAUGCUGGGGGGGAAGCAGCCCACCCUGUCCCCCGUGAGACUCAGCCCUAAGCAAGAGCCAGCUCUCCCUGCAACGGUGCUGGGGGAUGAGACUGACUCCGACAGGCCAGACCAGGACUUGCUGGAGGAAACAGCUGGUUCAGGGACAGCCACAUCCACGAUAGUGAGGUUCUUGGAGAGAUGCCUGGAUGCGGUGGCACAGAGCCCACCUGGCAGGGUGAAACUCUUCCCAGCUGUGAGCUUGGCAUCACCCAAAACCAGCCAGCCCACCAAGAAGCUCCAGUUUGCAGGCGACAGCAGUGACAUGGAGACCUUCUCCCUGGAGGACCUGGCUGAGCCACCACUGAUGCUCAGGGGACCACCUCAGUCCCCAGGGCCCCGGGGAGCUGGGCUGCAAGGGGACAGACCCAUGGUGGUGACAGGGAAGUGA